AGACACGUUUCCUUUCAGCGUCGAAGUGCCGGUAAUGAAUUUUUUUUGAUAUACAAUAAGAUAUUUUAUUAAGAGUAUAUCGGUUUCAUGAUGAUUUUAUUGAAAGCAUGUACAUCUUUGAAUCAGCUCAGUAUUUCUGCUGUUCAGAAAGGCCACUGGGUAUUCUCCGUGAAAGGGCUCAAUACCAGUACCUUAUUGAGGUGCAAAGCCAAGAAAGCAGAACAUUCCUCAAAAGAUGCUACAGUGCAAGGAAUUCCAUACUCUAAACUCAGCGUUGGUGUUCCCAAAGAAAGUUGGAAGAAUGAGAGACGUGUUUCCUUGUCUCCUGCUGCGGCCGCCACUUUGGUUAAGAAAGGUUUUCAGGUCAAUGUUGAAAAAGAUGCCGGUUUGGAAUCAAAGUUUAGUAAUGCUGAUUAUGAAGCAGUUGGAGCCAAAGUAAUUGAUGUGAACUCGGCAUUUCAAUCGGACAUCACAUUAAAAGUUCGUGCACCAUCAUCUUCAGAAGUGGGCAAAUUUCGAGAAGGCAGUACACUCAUCAGUUUUUUGUAUCCUGCUCAAAAUCAAGAUCUGUUAACAGCAUUAGGGGAUCGUCGCAUGACAACUUUUGCAAUGGAUUGCAUCCCAAGAAUUAGUAGAGCUCAAGUCUUUGAUGCUCUCAGUUCAAUGGCUAAUAUAGCUGGAUAUAAAGCAGUUGUAGAAGCUGCAAAUAAUUUUGGAAGAUUUUUUACUGGCCAAAUAACAGCAGCAGGCAAAGUUCCACCUGCCAAAGUGUUAGUUAUCGGUGGAGGUGUUGCAGGUUUGUCAGCUAUUGGAACUGCAAAGAAUAUGGGGGCUAUAGUUAGAGCCUUUGAUACCCGAGCUGCUGUGAAAGAGCAAGUAGAGUCAUUUGGUGCUGAAUUUCUAGAAGUAAAUGUCAAGGAAACUGGUGAAGGUGUUGGAGGAUAUGCUAAAGAAAUGUCCAAAGAAUUUAUUGAAGCUGAAAUGGCUUUGUUUGCUAAACAGUGUAAGGAAAUUGAUGUUCUCAUCACCACAGCUCUUAUACCCGGAAAACCAGCACCUAAGCUUAUUUCCAGGGCAAUGGUAGAGUCAAUGAAACCUGGAUCUGUGAUUGUAGAUUUGGCAUCUGAAGCUGGUGGAAAUGUCGAAACCACACGUCCAGGAGAAUUGUCUAUACACAAUGGAGUCAUACACAUUGGGUAUACAGAUCUUCCCAGUCGAUUGCCUACACAAUCAUCAACAUUAUAUGCCAACAAUAUUUCAAAAUUUCUUUUAUCCAUUGGUCAAAAGGAUCACUUCAACAUUGACCUAUCAGAUGAAGUUGUUCGUGGAUCUAUUGUGCAUUAUGAUGGCAAACUUAUGUGGCCACCUCCUCGCCCAAAAGAAAGUCCUGUUCCAGUGACUGCCCAACCUGCUGCUCCUGCUAAGGUACCGCCCCCAGAACCUAAUUACUUCAAUGUGACUUUGAAAGAUUCAUUGAUGUAUACUACAGGCUUAUCUACUUUACUGGGCCUUGGCAUUGUUUCUCCAAAUCCUGCAUUUACAACAAUGAUGACAACAUUUGGACUCUCUGGUAUUGUAGGUUACCAUACUGUGUGGGGUGUAACUCCAGCUCUUCAUUCUCCACUAAUGUCAGUAACAAAUGCUAUUUCUGGCAUAACUGCAGUUGGAGGAUUGUUAUUGAUGGGAGGUGGUGUUCUGCCUCACACAUUGCCUCAAGCUCUUGGUGCAGGUGCCACAUUUCUCUCUACAAUUAACAUUUGUGGUGGAUUUCUUGUUACUAAGAGAAUGCUUGAUAUGUUCAGACGUUCUACAGACCCUCCAGAAUAUAACUACCUGUAUGGGAUACCAGGUACUGCAUUUGUUGGAGGCUAUGCUGCCUUGGCAGCUGCUGGUUAUCCAGAAAUUCACCAGAUGGCUUACUUGGGAUCUUCAUUGUGCUGUGUUGGAGCUCUUGCUGGAUUAGCUUCUCAAAAGACGUCACGACUAGGAAAUGCUUUAGGGAUGGUUGGUGUAUCAUCUGGAAUUAUAUCAACCUUGGGUAUAAUGGAUAUAUCACCAGAUUUAGCUAUGCAGAUAGUUGGUAGUAUGGCAUCUGGUGGAGCACUGGGCUUAUACAUUGCAAAGAAAAUUGAAAUAACUGAUCUACCUCAAUUGGUAGCUGCUUUCCACAGUCUUGUUGGAAUGGCAGCUGUCCUCACUUGUAUAGCUACAUAUAUGGUUGACUACCCAACCUUUGCUGUAGAUCCAGCUGCAAAUGCUAUAAAAACUGCUUUAUUUUUGGGAACCUUCAUUGGAGGAGUGACAUUCAGUGGCUCAUUAGUCGCUUAUGGAAAACUUCAAGGUCUUCUGAAUUCUGCACCUCUGCUUCUUCCUGGACGUCAUGCUUUGAAUGCUGGACUUAUGGCUGGCAAUGUGGCUGCCAUGGCUUACUAUUUAAUGUCUAGCAGUAGCGCUGCUGGAUUAAGUUGUUUAGGUGCCACGAGUGCUCUUUCAAUGAUUAUGGGUGUCACGCUGACUGCUGCUAUUGGAGGAGCUGAUAUGCCUGUUGUAAUAACUGUAUUAAACAGUUACUCUGGAUGGGCUCUUUGUGCUGAGGGCUUUAUGUUAAACAAUAACCUUAUGACUAUUGUUGGAGCUCUUAUUGGAUCAUCAGGAGCAAUUCUUUCAUAUAUAAUGUGUAAGGCAAUGAAUCGCUCUUUGCCUAAUGUUAUUUUGGGUGGAUAUGGAACUUCAAGUACUGGUACUGGAAAGCCAAUGGCAGUUACAGGAACUCACACUGAAGUUGAUGUAUCUCAAGCUGUACAAAUGAUUAAUGAGGCCAAAAAUAUUAUUAUCACCCCGGGUUAUGGAUUGUGUGUUGCAAAAGCUCAAUAUCCACUAGCUGAAAUGGUGAAAACUUUGACAAGCAAAGGCAAAAAUGUUCGAUUUGGGAUACAUCCAGUUGCAGGACGUAUGCCAGGGCAGUUAAAUGUCCUUUUAGCUGAAGCUGGUGUGCCUUAUGAUAUUGUUCUUGAGAUGGAUGAAAUUAAUGAUGACUUUAAGGAUACAGACUUAGUUCUUGUUAUUGGUGCAAAUGAUACCGUAAAUUCUGCAGCAGAAGAAGAUCCAAAUUCUAUUAUUGCUGGCAUGCCAGUGUUGAAAGUUUGGCUAUCAAAACAGGUUAUUGUCAUGAAGAGGAGCUUAGGAGUUGGAUAUGCAGCUGUAGAUAAUCCAAUAUUUUAUAAAGAAAACACAGCUAUGUUAUUAGGAGAUGCCAAGAAAACCUGUGAUGCACUACUCAACAAAGUCAGUGAAGAGCUUGCAUCAUGAAAUUCAAAAACUAUAAAUUCGCAGAAUAAAUACUGUUUUUAAAACUACAAGGGUAAAAGUCAAGCUCACAUGAACUUGUCUAGUCCAGUGUGAAAUUCCAGUAUUGUCACUUUGUCUGCUAAACUCUUUUGAUAAAGCAUGGGUCUAUCCAGAUUUUCUUUCCAGGGAAUUUAGCAAAAAAUGUGAUUUUGUAAAAAUGACUUUUCUCUCUCUUCAAACAAAGGUCUUAGUUUUGCAAACUAAUUACAAUUUCAGAAAAACUACAUCUGCAACAAAUGUCUUAACUUUCAAAAUAGAUAAUAAUGAAUGUAAGGUAAUAACUUUAAAAUUAAGAAAAUAAAUAAAUAAAUAACAAAGCAAUCUUACAAACAUUGCAACAAAGAAAAUUUUUUUUUUUUGAUAAUUUCAAUGCAGGAAUACAGGAAAGGAAUAACAAUUGACUUGUAAAUCUGCACUCCUGAACUUCAUAUCACUUUCAAAUACACAAUGAAGUACUAUUGUAAAUAAAAUCAAAAAUGAAUUAGUAAUCUGAAUAAAAACUGGCAGUUAGUUAAAUCUCCAAAGAAUCCUACAAGUUUUCAGAAUUAGUUUUAAUGGUUUAAGGAAACAUAAUACAUUGUUCCUUUUAUUUUCAAAAUUUUUUUUAUUAGUUUUAUUUAUAAUCUGAUAGAAAAUAUGCUUUUCUUCUAACACAUUUGUCUUACAUUUUACGCUUUGUUAUGCAUUUAAAGAAUAAGAAAUGCAUUGAAAAGGACAAAGUAAGGAAGAAUAAAAUUAUAAAUUAAACUAAAUUCUCCAUUAGUUUUGUGAAGGGUCCAUUUAGGUAAUUUAGAAUUUUAUGGAAAGCUCAUUUAACUUGUUUGAAAAUUUUUCAAAGAUUGUUUUUGGGGACAGAAAUUUUAUGAAAUGUUUAUAAAUGUAUUUUAUUAAGGGUCCGGUUAAGUAAUUUAGAAUUUUAUGAAAGAUCCCUUUAGUUUGUUUGAAAAUUUUUGAAGUUUUUCUUUUUUUAAGAAGAGAAAUGUUGUGAGAUGUUUCUAAAUGUUCCAAAUUUCUUUGUAGAUGAACCCCUUUAAAAAAAAUAAUAAAAAAUUAACUACAAAAGCAAGCAUCAUGAUUACAAUUAAUAGUUCAUAUUAAUUAAAAAGCAAGAUCUCUGUAGGUUGACUUUAAUUAAAAACAUUCUUGUUCACAAACUUUUUCAUUAUAUUUGAUGUAUCACAGAAUAGCUCAUUACUCUGUAAAAUAAAAUGUGUAUAUAUACAGUGUGUCCGAUAAGUCCCUGUACACUGGUACGUAUGUUAUUAUAUUAGGUGAAGCCUUGCCAAAAUGAUUUCUAAAUGCAUCCAUUAUUAUCUGUGUUAUUGUUUACCCCAUAUGUGGUCUUUCAUGUAUCCACACACACAUACCACCAAUUGCUCCUCCAUCGUGUAGCUCUGACCCCCUACAUUAGCCUCAUUUUAAUAACUGACAAAUCAACAACAAUGAUAAAAUCUCAAGCAAAGAU